AUGUUUCCUGCGAAGGGCGAGAUUGAGAGGAUCGAACGUCCAAUUUCAGACCUUGAAGCGUCUGCCCACACCUGCAAGUACUGCCGUAUCAUCGUCUGCAUUCUGGAAGAAAUCGAUAUAGAGGCUAUUAGCUCGUUUUUCAUCAUACCUGCCAUCGACUGGGGGGCAUUGAUGCCAUGGGCUCCACGCGGAAGUAUUGUAUUGAACAUCACCUGGAAGUCCAAGUCGGACUAUCCCAAUAGAAAAGAGACAGUAAGAAGCUGGGCCGCUUUCGCUAUCCGUACUUUGGCUGGUGUCAGCGAGACCGAUUACAACAGUAUCCUUGUUCCAGGAGUUGUCAAUACAGGCUCCGACGCUUCCCUUGCCUGGGUGACUGAUAAGAUCAAGGCUUGUAAAGAAUCGCAUCGGAAGUGCAAUGUGCAUGCGCAUGGUGCACUUCCUGACCGUAUCGUCAAGAUUGGUCGAGCCGAUUCCGCACAGGCCUGUUCGGAUGAGAAUUGGUAUGAAUCCGACGUGAAAUUGUACGAAACGUGCAACGAAGAUUUACCGUAUGCGGCCCUGAGUCACCGCUGGGGCGACGAACAGCCGCUCCGGCUAUUGAAGGACAACCUCGAAUUAUUCCGAGAGAACAUUGAAUGGUCCACACUGCCGAAAACGUUCCAAGACGCGAUUGUUUUCGCUCGUAAAUUAGGAAUUGAGUUUAUCUGGAUCGACUCGCUAUGUAUCAUCCAAGACAGUAAAGAGGACUGGUUCGAGCAAUCAGGAAAGAUGGCGGGUAUCUACGAGCAUGCAGCUGUUACAUUAGCGCUCAUUGAAGAAUACACUGCUUUGGAUCUGACGUUCGCAUCAGAUCGAGUAGCUGCCAUUGCAGGCGUGGCAAAGCAAUUCCGACGUGGGUUGAAGAACAAGACAUACCUCGCAGGGCUUUGGGAGGAGAGCCUCAUUACAGGCAUGACAUGGCAGCGAGCCUGUCCCAGAGAAAAGAGGGUCCGUCCGGCUGGGCCGUCUGAAGGACCGUCUUGGUCGUGGCUGUCGGUGGCCGGACCGAUCAAGUAUCCAACAUCGCGAUAUGUAGGGCAGGCUCCUGGCAGCCCCCCAAUCGUUGAACAGGUAUCGUUUCGACACGACAACGAUCUAGAGUUCAUGAGACUCUGGGGAGGCGCAGUCACACUGCACGGGAAACUUGUUGAGGCUAAAUUGCGCAUGCUUUAUACCUCUAACGCUGUUCGGUCCACUGUGUUUGCGCCAGGCCGGGAAGGGAUGUACGACGUAGAGUUGGAUUACGAGCCAGACGAAGGCGAGUUUAAUCGUGCAUGGAGAACCGUACAGCCGCGCUGGUCUCAGAAAGUUUUUGAAGGAGACGCAUCCGAAGUCUAUCAUCUUCCAGACAAUGAAGACAUGGACGAAAAGCUGCCAUUUUAUAUGAAGCAGGAAGACUACAUCGGCACGAAACAGUGUAUCAGAGUAGUAUACUGCUUCUGGAUGGGUGUUAGGAUGGAGGAGGGAAGUCGAAAUGCGUUGUUCUUGGUAUUGGACUGUAAGGAUAAGUCCAAACAGGUGUACACACGACUUGGACUAGGAGUGUGCUCACCAGAGGCGACUAUGCUUCGUGGCGAAGGAGCGAGUAUGGAUGAAGUUCCUGUGGUCCACGAUACGCAGAGUAUUACAAUUAUCUGA